CAACCGGAACCGGAAAAGGCGCCGUUGGAGGAGGCGAAGAAUGAGGUCAUAGAAAUUGACGAGACAAAACUUGACGGGGAGAAAGGGGAGGCUGUUGUUGAAGCUGAUCCCGAGAAGGGAAAAGAAGUCGAGGAGGCCAAUUAAAGGGAAAUAACUGGUUAAAAUAAACAUAGUGUAAAGAAUCCAUCUUCUUUUGUUUCGAUUUCAAUAUUUUUUUAAAUACAUUUUUUUUUUAAAGUUCUAUAUCCAAUGAUUUAAUUUGGUGUUGUCUGUCGG